CAAGUUUCACAAGGGGGCUGUAAGUGCGGAACACAUGGAGCAGCCAGUGUCCUCCUGAUCUCUCUGCGAGCGGAGGCAUCUGCCUGUGUGUGGGGAGAGGAAGCAUUCUGCCAGCACAAGUCCUGCAACAUUCAGCUGGGCAAUGCCGUUUGGAUGUGUGACUUUAGGUGACAAGAAGGAUUACAAUCAACCCACAGAAGUCAGCGACAGAUAUGACCUGGGUCAGCUCAUCAAGACGGAGGAGUUCUGUGAAGUCUUUCGAGCCAAAGAGAAAUCUUCUGGAAAACUUUACACCUGCAAAAGGUUUCUGAAGAGAGAUGGGCGAAAAGUCAGGAAGGCGGCCAAAAAUGAGAUCAACAUCCUAAAAAUGGUGAAGCAUCCCAACAUCUUACAGCUGGUUGACGUGUUUGAGACCAAAAAGGAGUAUUUCAUCUUUAUGGAGCUGGCAUCGGGCCGUGAAGUUUUUGACUGGAUUCUGGACCAGGGAUAUUAUUCAGAGCGGGAUACGAGUAACGUCAUCCGUCAGGUCCUGGAGGCAGUGGCCUAUCUCCACUCACUCUGCAUUGUGCACAGGAACCUGAAGCUGGAGAACUUGCUGUAUUUUAACCGUAUGAAGAACUCAAAAAUAGUCAUCAGUGAUUUUCAUUUGGCCAAAGUGGAGACGAGCCUGAUUAAAGAGCCGUGUGGCACGCCAGAAUAUCUGGCCCCCGAGGUGGUCGCACGACAGAGAUACGGGCGGCCUGUGGACUGCUGGGCGAUCGGAGUCAUCAUGUAUAUACUUCUCUCUGGUAACCCCCCAUUCUAUGACGAGAUGGAGGAGGAAGACUAUGAAAGUCAUGACAAGAAUCUGUUCAGAAAGAUCCUACAUGGGGACUAUGAGUUUGAUUCACCGUACUGGGAUGACAUUUCUCCUGCGGCCAAAGACCUGGUAACACGUCUGAUGGAGGUGGAGCAGGACCAGCGGGUGACAGCUGCGGACGCCAUCAGUCAUGAAUGGGUUUCAGGGAAUGCAGCAUCUGAUAAAAACAUAAAGGACGGAGUCUGUGCUCAGAUUGAGAAAAAUUUUGCUAAAGCCAAGUGGAAGAAAGCCGUUCGGGUCACCACCAUGAUGAAGCGUCUGAGAGCCCCAGAACAUACAGAGUCCAAGACCCCUUCUCCGUCCAAGGACGAGGAGAAGUCCCCCAGCCUGGAAACACCUUCCCCAUCACCUGCCAUUACUCCGGCUGAGGAGGAGCCGUCUCCGCUCUGUCCUGCUACUGAUGGCACCGGCUGAGACUCCGAGAGAGGACAUCAGAACACCUAACCCUCUUCACCGCAGAGCAUAUCAUCAUUAACCCUUCCUUUCCCUCCACUUGUGGGGGAACCUCUGCAGUUAUUAGCAUUGUCUCUGUCCCACAGAUCUGCAACAGAUUGCAGAGCAGAGCGAUACCAGUCGCAUUGAUUGCUAGAAAGAAUUGCAGCACAGGCCUCCAUUGCAUUGCCCCAGUAACCCUUUCACUGCUACGCAGAGCAUUUCUUCUACCGUUCUGCCCUUAGUUGCACUUAGAACGCUUUUACUUUCCCUCAGUUCCCUUUAUGCUGCUAUAUAACAUGACCCAGCCUCGCACCUCACUGCCCUCUGCCCGUCAGUGUCACCACACGACAGCACUUUCCAACUCAAAAGCCCUAAAUCUGCUUUUGAAAACGUGAAAUAUUUGUUACAGAAAUGUGAUAGUUAUUCCCCUUGUGAGAUCGCCUCACCCGUCCUGCUUUCUGGCCGCCCCUCAGUAACGCCCGCCUUCCUUCUACACUCACUACAGCCAUAUUACAUGGGGAGAAGGCUUGUACCCUGUUCCUGGGAGAGAGCGGCCUUAUAUGCUCCUCUCGUCUCACACACGUCAGUAAGCAGGAGGCGAUCGCAGUACUGUAAGGCUGGGUGCGUACUUAUUAUAUGCCCGGAACACCUCUUAUCUUUUGCAUCAUACUCAUGUACCCAUCUAUUUACCCUGCCUGGGACGUGCCCCCCUUUUUCUUUCCUUUGGGUGGGGGGCAUGUAAUGUACAGACCUUUACCCUGUGUUUUGUAUGCUUUUCUUUAAAUAAAUGUGCUGCUUCUCCCAA